AUGUCUAGAUUCUCUCUCAAGGGCCGUACAGCUCUGGUAACAGGCGGCGCACGAGGAUGCGGCCUGGCCUUUGCAGAGGGCCUCGCAGAAGCUGGCGCAGACGUCGCUAUUUUCGACGUAAUAGAUCCAGCUGAAGGAUUUCACAGCAUUGCCAAUAAAUAUGGCGUCAGAACUGCAUUCUACAAAGUCGACGCCAGCUCCAAAGACUCCCUAGAAGACGGGUUUGCCAAUUUCAGCAUCGACUUCGAUAACAAACUAGACAUCUGCGUGCCCUGCGCGGGCAUAAAUAGACAUCUUACCUUCUUAGAAUACACCUACGAAGCGCACCGGGAACUGCUCGACACAAAUGUCAUGGGCCUGUUUUUCACAGCGCAGCUGGCCGCUAAGCAGAUGAUUGCCAACGAGACCAAGUGCGGUAGCAUCGUGCUGGUUGCGAGCAUUGCGAGCUACAUGGCGAUUAAGGAUCAGAAUAGCUCGGCGUAUUGUGGGACGAAGGGGGCUGUGAAGGCGAUGUGUCCGGCUAUUGCGAAGGAGUUGGUGCCUUAUGGUAUUAAGAGUUAA